AUUCGGGUCAUGUGACAUGGGGCCUCAGUUUCCUGCAUGGCUUAGGUACCAAACUGGCAUAAGCAACCUCAAUAUUUCAAACACAAGGAUAAAUGAUGUUUUGCCACAAUGGUUUUGGGUUGUGUUUUCUAACGCUUCCAUCUUGAACUUGUCAAAAAAUCAACUAAGUGGUGCAUUACCAGCAACGUUGGAGCUGCCACUAAUCAGAGAAAUGGAUCUCUCUGGAAAUUCUUUGUUGGGGCAGUUACCAGUAAAUCUAACGGCUCCCGGUCUAAGAAAGUUGCGUCUUUACAACAACCAUUUCACAGGCGCCAUCCCUCCAUACAUGUGUAAUAAUAGUUUCGUGGAAAUAAACCUCUCAAACAAUCAGCUAGGAGGUGAUUUUCCACGAUGUCAAGAAAGCAUUUCUUCAUUAUCUAUGUUAGCCUUGAAAAAUAACAAUUUGUCUGGUGAAUUCCCACAUUUCCUCCAAAAUGCUGCACAAUUAAGUUUUCUUGACCUUUCAUAUAACAAGUUCUAUGGAAGUGUGCCAUCAUGGAUAGGACGGAAAAUGCCCGGCCUACAAGUGUUGAUUCUAAGAUCAAAUAUGUUUCAAGGUCAACUUCCGAAGCAGUCAACAAGGCUUGUUAGGCUUCAUUUCUUGGAUAUAGCACACAACAACAUAUCAGGAAGAAUACCUUCAUCUCUAGCAGGGUUGAAAGCCAUGACACAUCCGUACGGACGAGGUGAUAACAACUACAGUAGUGAUACUACAUCAAUGUUCACAAAAGAUCGAGAGCUUAACUAUACCCAUAAAUUCAUGAAACGCAUAAUGUUGAUAGACUUAUCAUGUAAUGGUUUCACCGGACACAUUCCGAAGGAAAUAUCUUUACUCAAGGGACUUCAGAGUUUGAAUCUCUCUAACAACCAAAUAAGUGGACGAAUUCCAGACGACAUUGGUGUUUUAAGCGAAUUAGAAUCCCUUGAUCUAUCUUACAAUCAUUUCACUGGUGAAAUCCCCUCAAGUUUAUCAGAUCUUACAUUCUUGAGUUGCCUGAACUUGUCCUACAAUGAUUUAUCUGGAAGAAUCCCCUCAGGACAACAGCUGCAAACACUCAAUAAUCAAUAUAUGUACAUUGGUAAUCCUGGACUUUGUGGGCCUCCACUUCUUAACAAUUGCUCGACGAACCAAACGGAUCUAGAUGUACAUCAAGAACGUGAAAGUACAAUAUAUGAUACAUUGUUUUUCUACCUCAGCAUCAGCAGCGGAUACCUUAUUGGUCUUUGGACAGUAUUUUGUACGCUGCUGUUCAAGAAAACGUGGAGGAUUGCUUACUUUCGGCAUUUCGAUCAAUUAUACAACAAGAUUUAUGUGCAGGCGGCUCUGAGCAAGGCUGCCAUUAUAAGGAAAUUCCAGAACCAGGAGUCAUGAAGGCUUUCUCUCCGCUGCACAAUCGCCAAACACUUCUAUAUAGUUUACAUUGUGUUUAUUACUUUAUGCUGCGCUUUGUGUAACAAUAAGCUGAAGUGAGACCGUAUUAGCACUAAGCUAUCAGUUCCGUUGAGAUGUUUGUGUCAAUAAUCCUACAGUCAUGUACUUGAAUAGCUGUAGGAUAUAUGAUAUGCCAUGAUCUUGGAUUGUGUUCCACUUCGAUAA